AUGUUACGAACUAGAGGCUUAUUCAUUUCUGCCCGGCAGUUCCACAACUCAGUGGUCCGUCCCUCAGUACUCGACUACUUCAAGUUCUAUAAAAAAAAGGACGCAACUCCAGAAACGCCUAUAAAGGACACCAAAGAGGUCAUCAAGGAGAUAGAGACGAAAGCAAGAGAUCCCGUUACCUCUAACAAGGUUGUGAUUUUGGGCAAACACAAUUCCGAAUUCAGCGAUGCAAAGAUAUCUCAGAAAGCAUUGGAAGGGUUUGUUUUCAGUACGUGGUUACCUCAAAAGUCUGAAUUCUCGAAUAGAAACACCGGCUCGCAACCAUAUCAGGAAGUUGUCAGCGAGCUUCUCACAGAAAUUUUCAAGACCCAUGUGCCAUCCAUCAAUGCAUCAGAUCUCAAACUUGAUGACCUCGCGCUCAGAUUCAAAUUACUGAAAGAAGUCCAGAUAAAGUUUGGAACCUCAAUUCCCGACAUCAAAUUGUCUCAACUCGAUUCGUUCGACAAGAUCGAACGAUACUUGCUUGCCAAAUUAGACCCUAAAAGCCAACUUUUCAAUGAGAAAGUGCCUGACGCUGUGCAUCUUGAUCCUAAGGAGUUUGAGGGAACCAACAUUACUGUUGGGGAAUAUGUCUUUGAGAGCCAAAAACGGAAAGAAAUCAAGAAACUAUACCGAAAGGCCAAGAAUGCCGAGCAGAAAGCCAUACAAGAAGCUCUCAACGAUGGAGAGAAGUAA